UUUUUUUUUUUCAUUUAUUUUACUGUUACUAUAUGAAGCGAUCACACGAAGAAAUUAAAGAAGAACAACGUAUCAAGUCUCAACAAAGUUACGAAAGUUCUCCUCAAAAUGUUGCUUCACCUCAUUGGAAAGCAUCUUCAGUUUCACCUGCUUAUCGUCCUCCUAAACGAAGUCGUCAUUUUAAAGGCUGUUCAAAGAUUACUGAUUAUGAAUUUCUUGAUAAGCUUGGUGAAGGCACUUUUGGUGAAGUACAUAAAGCAAGAGAUAAACAUACAAAUCAAUUAGUAGCACUCAAGAGAAUUUUGAUGCACAAUGAAAAAGAAGGAAUUCCUAUUACAGCUAUACGAGAAAUCAAGAUAUUAAAACAAUUAUCACAUAAAAAUAUCGUACCUUUAACAGAUAUUGCUGUUGAAAGAGGUGAUGCGAGUAGAAAAGAAAAGGGUAGUAUUUAUAUGGUGUUCCCUUACAUGGAUCAUGAUUUAGCAGGCUUAUUAGAUAAUCCUAAAGUUAGACUUACUCAACCACAAAUUAAAACUUAUUUAAAACAAUUAUUAGAAGGAACAGCUUAUCUCCAUCAUAAUAAGAUUCUUCAUAGAGAUAUGAAAGCUGCUAAUUUAUUAAUUAAUAAUGAAGGCGUAUUACAAAUUGCAGACUUUGGUUUAGCUCGUGGCAUUGAAGAUGAAAAUAAAGAAUAUACUAACUGUGUAGUGACAAGAUGGUAUAGACCACCUGAAUUAUUUCUUGGUGAAAGAAAAUACACAACGGCCAUUGAUAUGUGGGGAGUAGGUUGUGUAUUUGGAGAAUUACUUAAAUCAAGACCCAUCUUGCAAGGUCAAGAUGAUUUAGAUCAAUUAAAAAAAAUAUUUUAUUUGUGUGGAUCUCCUACACAAGACAAUAUGCCAAACUGGGAUAAACUACCUGAUGCAAACAAAGUGAAAUUUGAAACCACACCAAGGCAUGUAAGGGAUGAAUAUGGUCAUUAUGAUGCUCUUGCUGGUGAUUUGAUGGACAAAUUGCUCGUCUUAGAUCCUGCGAGACGUUUAACGGCAUUAGAAGCUUUAGAUCAUGAAUAUUUUUAUUCUGCACCUUUACCUGCUGAACCAUCAGAGCUACCUAAAUAUGAAGCAUCACAUGAAUUUGAUAGAAGAAAGGUGAAGCAAUCCCGACAUAAAUAAAUAUACACCAUAUACAUCUUCUAUAUAUGUAUAUGUAUAUGUAUAUAUCACCAUCAUCAUCGUUAUAACAUUUAUGUAAUAAUAAUAAUAGUAGUAGUAGUAAUAAACUGGUAUAUAUAUAUAUAUAUGUAUGUGUGUGUGUG